AUGGCCAUUGAAGAAAUCUUCACGGCUGAAGGCACCGAAGCCCUCUCCCCGGACGAUCGAGUCCGGCUGAGCCAGUGGAAUAGCGGCGGCCAGUGUCCCCCGAUCACCGAGCAAUGCAUCCAUCAUCUCAUUCAGAACCAGGCCCAAGCGUGCCCUGAUGCACCUGCCGUCUGCGGAUGGGAUGGCGACUUGACCUAUGCAGAAUUGGAAGCAAGGUCCACUCUCCUCGCCCGCACGAUCGCCGCCCGAGGAGUCACACCUGGUAGUUUCGUUCCCAUCUGUCUUGCAAAGUCUUGCUGGGCCCCAGUGGCCAUUCUAGCCAUCAUCAAAGCAGGCGCCGCCUUUGUGCUGCUCGACCCCAGUCACCCCCGGGAGCGACUGCGGCUCAUCACCGAGGAUCUCCGAGCCACUGUCAUCUUGACCGACAAAUUCUCUAUCCAGACGGUGGACGGGCUGGCUCGCCAAGUCCUGCUUGUGGAGGGUACUUUGGACCACACCGAAAGUUCCUUAUCCUCCUUCUCCACAUUAUCCUUAGGGCCUGGCUCGGAAAUCACCCCAUCCCAUCCCCUGUAUGUGGUCUUCACCUCCGGCUCCACCGGUACUCCCAAAGGAGUGGUAGUGUCCCAUGCCGCAUAUGCCACGAGUGCGCAAGGGCUGAUAUCCCCACUGGCGUUGACCUCGGCAUCGAGAGUCUUCCAGUUUGCUUCAUACGCCUUCGACGUUAGCGUCUCUGAUCACCUCCUAACUCUCCUAGCUGGCGGAUGCAUAUGCAUCCCGUCUGAAGCGGAGCGCCAGAAUCACCUCGGGCGCACAAUCCACACACUGCGUGCAAACUGGAUUUUUUUGACCCCGUCCAUCGCGCGUGUGCUCGACCCCAAAGAUCUGCCGUGUCUGGAAACUCUAGUGCUCGGAGGGGAGGCGAUCCUGGCCGAGGACUUCACCCGAUGGCUGACUGCCUCCCCGCCGGUUCGAGCCGUUCGGGGCUUGUACGGACCAGCAGAAGUAGCCGCCGGCACAACUGUCAACCCCGAGCUGGGGGCAUGCGGCACUAUUGCAACCAAUAUCGGUCGGGCUCCGGCCGCAAACUGCUGGGUCGUCGAUCCAGAGGAUUAUCAUGUGUUGCUCCCUAUAGGUACGGUAGGCGAGUUGCUGGUGGAGAGCCCGGCACUCAGCCUAGGUUACUUGAACAGACCAGACCUCACGGCGGCAGCCUUUAUUUCGAGCCCUCGAUGGCUGCAUCGGCGGCUACAAGGGGGUGCGGCUAGUGAGAGUCGGAUGUACCGUACGGGGGAUCUGGUCCGCUAUAAUCGUGACGGAUCUCUCGAAUAUUCUGGUCGUAUCGACACGCAGGUGAAGAUACGCGGCCAGCGAGUCGAGCUCGCGGAGGUAGAGAGCCAUGUACGCGCAUAUCUGUCUCAGUACGGCCAGAGCUGCACUGUUCUUGCGGAGGUAGUGAGGCGUCAGAAUAUCUCACCCCAGUUGGUGGUCUUUGUACACUGCGCCUCAUCGUCCCAGUCACCCCAUGCCCCUUUGACACCCGAGUUUUGUGCUCCCUCGGCAGAGAUGCGGUCAUGGACUGAGGAUCUACUCCGCGCUCUUGCGGUCAAACUUCCCUUGUACAUGGUGCCAGAGUUCUGCGUGCGUCUGGCUGCAGUGCCUUUGACUUCGACUGGCAAGGUCAACCGUCGGGCCCUGCGAGAACGAAUCGCCACGUUAUCGCCUAAUGAAUGGAAGUCUCUCCAAGCCUCUAAUUGCAUGGAUAGCGUGGAGGCCCCGCAGACGGCGAUGGAAACGUCAAUACGUCGUUUGUGGGCGAAAAUCCUUCGUGUUGACCCAGAAAGCAUUGGUCGCCAGGAUGACUGGUUUCAGAUCGGGGGCAAUUCUCUCUCGGCCAUGCAACUGGUCAGCACUGCCCUGAAAGAAGACGUCUUCUUCACGGUGAAGGAUAUAUUUCAACGCCGAACCCUCACUGCGCUGGCGGACGUGGCAACGGAAUCUAAACUUCCAGAUUCAUUAAACCAUCACCACUGCCGUCCCUUUCAGUGGCUGGGGGAUGAUGCCAAGAAACGCAAUCGCCUUACGCAAAUGAUCAUGGCUGCGUAUCAUCCGGAUGGACCCGCCACUGUCGAAGACAUCUUCCCUGCGGAUGACAUGUUCGCCGCGUGCACGGAUAUCGAGGCCACUUCCAGCUAUAAUUUGACCUCUCGAAUCGAUACGAUGCUGGGUCCUGAAAUCGACGUGGAGCGGUUAGCGAUGGCGUGGAGCGCCGUUCUCCGGGCCAACCCAAUCUUAAGGUCGCAAUUUCUGGUUGUUGAGGGCCAGGGCUACCAGGUGGUGAUGAAGAAUGGCUCGCCCUUGAGAUUACAGCCCAACCGCCCUCUUGACGGAGAAAUUGAGGAUCUCUGGGGGUUGCAGAAGCCCCUAGUGCGACUGACUGUGGCUCGAACGACCGAUGGCCAAACCCACUCUCACUCCCUCACUCUCCUCAUUCACCAUACCUUGUACGACGACCACGGGCUUCUUGCACUUUUCCAGCAGCUUGAACGAGCUUACAACUCCGAAAUUUUGCUCCCCAGUGAUCAUGGCCAGUAUCUUCAAUGGCUCGCAGCAGUCAAUCAGGAGACAGAAGAUUACUGGCGACGUACCUUCGCUGGCUAUCAGCCUUUACCCUUACCCGCACCGCUCCCUACACAGGACCACGCCUUGCUGGCCCGCAAAUGGCUGCCCGCUUUUUCAAUUCCUCGAAGAACUGACGUGCGAAGUAACAGCAUGUAUACCGUUGAAAAUAAGGCCUCUUUGACAAUGGCACUCGUUCUUGCGCUCUGGAGCAAGGGGAGCAAGGGUACGGAUAUAGUGUUUGCUGCUUCGCACAGCCGCCGGGGUGCCCCUGUGCCUGGCAUGGCUGACAUGGUCUGCGCUGCCGUGAUGCCUCUACCAAGGCGUAUUCUUCUACAGCCCUCCCGGAGUAUUUCCGAGUCCCUGGCCGCUGUUCAGGCUCAGGCGCUAGACGAGUUACCAUUCCAGAAUCUAGGGUGGUACAAGCUGGCAGAACUCAGCUCAGAAACCGCAGCCGCGUGUCGAUGCUGGACAAUCUUCAACGUGCAGGCGUAUCUGCCAGAUCUGAUGCCGUCCAUGUUUCAAAAUUGGCGCUGUUCCCUUCCCCCGGACUACGACUCCCCACAGGCGCUAUACGUGAACUGUGAGGUGCAUCGAGAUAGUGUGAAGGUAAUUCUCGGAUAUGACCCAGAUGUGGUCACGGAUGCAGUGGCACAGCAAUUGAAGAAUACGUUCAUCAAGGUGUUUGGACUGAUCGAUCGAGAAGAGGAGAUGCUGGUACAGGAGGUAUUGGAGCUUGGCCUGUGUUAG